GAGAGAAAGAGGAGAGAGAGAGUGUGCUCGGUCGACAGCUCCUAUCCAUUUCCUACAUGCUGAGUCCACGCACACACACUGGCUGGGCCACUGUACGUGAGUAGAGCGGCGAUUGGACGAGGGCUCUGUCACUCAGGAGUAAAUCCCCCCCCGACUUCCUCUCUCCUCCUUUCCUGGUGCAGCGUGGGAGGAGAGGGAGGGAAGUGGAUCUGUCUUCUCUGAGCCUGUGAGCCUCUCUCUCUCAGCCACCCGCUCCUCAUCAGCCACCUGCCCUUGACUCACUCUGGAUCGACGAGACUGACGAGAGGGCUCUCCUGUGUGCGUUGCCCUGGCCCCAGCCCGCCAGUGUGUGUUUAUGCGUGGGCCUCCUCUGUCCUCCUGCGGCCGGCCUCGCUUCCCCAGGGGGUGGAGGAGCGGAGCUCAGCGUUCGUCCCUGGCUGGUGGAGCUCAGAUGGGAGGCAGCACUGCCCGGGGCCGUGGCUGGGACUGGGGAUGCUGAGCGGGGGGAGGGAGGGCCUGUUUGAGCUGGGACGGCGGCUCCAGCAGCAGGGGGAGGUCCAGGCCGCGCUGCACUGUUUCCUCAGCAGCCUCUUGGGGCUCACGCACGUGCAGAGCUUCGCCUCGCUGCCCAACUGUCUACACCAGAUCGCUGAGCUCUUCAUCACUGAAAAGAAUUAUGGGAAGGCCCUCCAGUUCAUCCAGGCUGAGAAGAUGUUCUACGAGGUGGCGCUGAUCGAGCUUACCUCUCUGCAUGGUUCCAAAGGGCCUCAGGAGGAGGCUAUGCUGGGCUCAGCAGGAGGAUGUGGGUCUCCAGAGGAGCUUUCAGACCAGGCUUCCCAGGCACAGCACCUGGAGAGGCUAGCGCAGCUCUGCAUCAUGAGCAAACGACCUCACCUUGCGUUAGAGUACAGUGGAAAGGCAACUAAGAUCCACCAGAAGGCUUUUGGGAACGACCACCCCAUCACAGCCAGAAGCCUGGAGUUGCUAGCCACAGUCUAUGCCGAGAUCGGCAAGACUGAAUACUCAGACUCUCUGGGCCAGUGUGUGUCUGCCCUGUCCAAGAGGUUUACGGCUGCAGAGUCCUUCAGAGACACACUCAACGGGCUGCCCCACGUCCACACCCACUGCCACCGGGAGAAACGCUCUGAACUGCGGAACAGGAAGGAAGUGCCCCAACAGGAGGACUCCUCCAACCUCCAGCCCGCAGGCAGCAAGACCCCCACCUCCAUCCUGAAGAGGCCUGGGCCCGGCUCAGACACUGAGGCUGUCCACAGGCGGAAAGGGGAGAGGAGGGUUCGCUUCAGGGAGCCUGAGAUCACAGUGCACGACAUCCCUUAUGACCGUUUGGGCGCGUACGACACAUCACAAGCCCGCUCCCAUCUGGCCCUGUUUACCUGCCUGUUCCUGAUGAUGUCACUGCUGGGCGUGGCACUGUACUGCACGGAUCGCCGGAGGCCGCAGCGUAUGUGUGAGGACCUGGAGGCCUCGCUGGCUGUCUACCUGCUGAAGGCCAAGCAGCUGGUCUGGGUCUGCUGGGGCUGGAUCACCAUGCAGUGACGGCGACCAGCCACCAGGAGAGACACGGAGCAAGAUCUCCACACCCCCACGCUCUCUGCUUCCGCCCGGACGCUUCCGGAACAGCUCACUCGAUCGCCGCCUGGCUGAAACUCUUUCUAUGGCCAUGGGCUGGGCUCCCUUACUGCUAAUCUCACAGCAGUGGGAAGAGCCAUGGAAUCACAGAGAUAAUGUAGCUUCCGUGACUGUAUGUAUAUGUAC